AACGCGGAUACAGAUGGUUGUGGAAAACUUACAUGUUGUGAGUGAGCAAGAGGUUAAAACCGAGUGAACAGAAAGGGUGGUCAGUUACACAAGAUGGGUGGUAGUGUGUGUGUUUGUGAAAUUGACUUAAUGGAGCAGUGUUGAGAUAGCGGGAUCAGUGUCAAUUAGCAAAAUCGGCGGUGAGAUUUUCUUUGUCUAGAAUCCCAACCAGUGUAGGUGAUGAGUGAUUGCUUAUCUCAGCAGAACCCAUUAGAUUGAAGAUUAAACGAAGUAAAGUGAGUAAUAAACAACGUGGUAUCUUUCUGCAGACCAGUAAAGAGAAAAAUAUAUAUAUGCACCUGUCUGGCCGAUUUAGGCAUCCAAGCAGAACGUUGUAAAAAUUACUUAUAAUGGAUUACCGUUGAGUGACGGCAAGCAGGAGAAGCCAAAGUGUGUUAUUAUUUCGAGGAUAUUCUAUGCUGCUAAGCGGAUUCCCAGCCAACAAACUGUCAUGGAAACAAGUUAAUCCAUGGAAUUAAAAUUUUGCAUCCUUUAUUGUCGUAGCACCGUACUAUCCUCUCGGUAGUCAGACGCUUUGCUGUCAGAAUACUUUUUCAAGAAAAAAAAAAGUUGUUCGAAAGCCCGCAAUGGAUGAUUUUCCGGAGAGUCUCAAAUGAAAGAUUGUUCCUGCUCGAAUACACCAGAAAAGUGUUCUCUUAAUGGAAGGAGAACUCGAGCCGCCACACAUUAUUUGCACGGUGGAACACAAUAAAUCGUUAACAAGCCGAACGAAUUGCUUUUAGCGAAAUGGAUGCAUAAAUGAAUAUUUGUAUGCUGCAAAAACCAUAAACUACUGGCGUUACUCCGUGACAAAGUGAACACCGUCACAUCGGCGGGAGAGGAAGAAAAAAUUGCGGGGAGCCAUCUUUCGUCUACAUCGCAUCGAUGUUGAUGGAAAAUGUUUGCCUCGGUUGGAGAACACUAGCGGCGCACUUCGAGGUACGAUGAAGUGUACUUCGUUACGGAAUUGGAUGCACACGGAAGAGAAGCGAAUUUGAUUGCAAUUUUCGACGAAAGUGCACGCGCUCGGAGCAAGUUCUAAGGGCGAGCACAAAACAUGUGAUUUGGUGUAAAUUGUUUGCUCAUGGGUGGGCUUGUAUUUGCAAAAGGGGGAUGCAGAAAUACACCUUGCAUCGAGUGCAGAGAAGAAUAAACAGUGUGGUUUGGUUGUGACAACUGUUGGAACAUUUUUCAUCAAAUUUUUCUUUGUGAAAACUUCUGUUUGUGGCUGGAGCCACAAUUAUGUUAUUCGUUUUCAGAUUUAUUAUUAUGUAUUUAGGCAGCUAUCAAGGGUAAACUAUAUAAAAAUAAACUCAAAAUCACUCGUUACUUGUUAGAAGCCAGAAUCAGCCGUGGUAGGAAGUGAGUGACAAAUGGCGCUGCAAAUGAAAACAUUCAAACCCGGACAGCUGCGUUUCUAGUAGCUGCUACUACUGACCGCCGCCAAUCUCAGUGAGUGACGGUUGAAAUUAUAGCGAAACAAGAAGAAACGUUUCCCCCCUGCAGAGCAAAUAAAUGGACUGUCAUGAAUUAUAAAAAUGAUUUAAUGCUGGAGCCAAGCAGUAGCAACAGGAGCAGCAGCAGUACGCAAUGGACGGGGAAAAUCGCAUCAUUCUCAACGUGGGAGGCAUUAGAUAUGAGACCUACAAGGCGACACUCAAAAAAAUUCCCGCCACGCGAUUGUCGCGGCUGACCGAGGCACUGGCGAAUUACGAUCCGGUGCUGAAUGAGUAUUUCUUCGACCGACAUCCUGGCGUGUUUGCCCAGGUGCUUAAUUACUACCGCACCGGCAAGCUCCACUAUCCAACGGACGUCUGCGGGCCUCUGUUCGAGGAAGAGCUGGAAUUCUGGGGACUCGACUCAAACCAGGUGGAACCGUGCUGCUGGUCGACGUACAGCGUACACCGGGACACUCAGAGCACUUUGGCCAUACUGGACAAGCUGGAACUGGACGAUGAGCAACCGUCGGAGGAGGCGAUCGCGCGGCUGUUUGGCUUCGAGGAGGCACUCCUCAAUGGGGAGCUGACAUGUUGGCAGCGAACGAAACCCAAAAUUUGGGCUCUGUUUGAUGAACCGUCGAGUUCGACGGGAGCGAAGAUCGUCGCUGGAAUAUCCGUGUUCUUCAUAUGCAUUUCUGUGAUAUCAUUUUGUUUGAAGACACACCCGGGGCUUCGCGUCGAAAUUCCGGCCGUAACGAACAUGUCCACCAACGGGAGCAGCAGUGCGUUGGCCAACGUUACCGGCAUUGCUGGAUUUCUUUUUACGACUCCGCCGGAUGGUAAAGGUGGAGGUGGCGAGGAUGGAAGUGAAAAUGGCAGCUUACACACCAGUAACAAUAGUGAUCAAAUUUUAACCACUGAACUUCCGCGGCCCGCUAGGCCUCCCCCGCGGAUGGCGGAGCUCUCUAAUCGUCAAGCAUCGGCCAGUUUCGGGGCUGGCUACGUAUCGCAGCGCUCUGGCCGGUUAAUAUCGUCCGCCUAUCGGAUGCAGUCCGGCAAGGGAUCCAACAUUGUCGAUAACUGGCAGGAGACAUAUGGCCAACCGCACGAAGCAUUCUUCUAUGUCGAGUUGGUCUGCAACGUGUGGUUCAUCAUCGAGCUGAUGGUUCGACUUGUGGUGACGCCAAACAUAUUCGAAUUCAUCAAAUCCCCGGUGAACAUCAUCGACUUGGCGGCCACCCUCAGCUUCUACACCGAUGUCUGCCAGCGAAUGGGCGAACAAACCGGACUGCUGGAAGCCUUUUCCAUUGUCCGCAUAUUGCGGCUUUUCAAGCUGACUCGUCACUCGCCGGGACUGCGAAUCCUUAUACACACCUUCAAAGCGUCGGCCCGAGAGCUGACGCUGCUGGUAUUUUUUCUUGUGCUCGGAAUUGUCGUCUUCGCCAGUUUGGUUUACUACGCCGAAAAAUUGCAGGAUAAUCCGGACAACCAGUUCAAAAGCAUACCGCUGGGCCUCUGGUGGGCUAUCGUCACCAUGACCACCGUCGGAUACGGAGAUAUGGCGCCGAAAACCUACGUCGGCAUGUUUGUGGGGGCACUUUGCGCUUUGGCCGGCGUACUUACCAUCGCCCUUCCCGUUCCGGUUAUCGUCAGCAACUUUUCCAUGUUCUACUCGCACACCCAGGCCCGUUCGAAACUGCCAAAGAAGCGUCGGCGAGUUUUACCUGUAGAGCAACCGAGACGCAAGCGGGAGAACUGCGCGGCCAACCGGAGGGUGAACGCGAUGAAACAUCAACACACCCACCCGACACACCCGGCCAUCUUUAAGGACGCUUUCGGAGGAGCGAAAAUCGGGCACGUGAAUGGUGUAAACGUGAUAGGUCUCACCCUGCAAGGUCCUUCCGUGCCCGGACUGGCCGUGAUGAAACCGCCCUCUCUCGUGCAGCCAGGUGACUUUAUUAAUGUUCCCCAGCUGAACUCGCUCCAGCCCCGGCAGCCCACGACCGGAAAUGUGGAUUUAUUGCUGCCAUUACAACCGAAACUGCUGGUUCCGCUGGUGGACCACCGUCGGGAUGGCAAUCGAAUGUCAAUGGCAACGACCGCAGCACCGACCACAACGACGUCGAUGAUGAUGACCGGUUGUGCAGCGGCAGCGGCAUCCAGUGCAGUGACCGCCACCCUGCAACAGGAGGAUAUACCACUGGAACCGAAAGUUACCCUGCAAAACAAUUCAUAUUCAUCGAACUGUGGUCAUGAUUCUGCCAGUGAAGACGAAGUCUAGGAAGGUUUAAGCUUUACUGGUGGUAAAAAAGAAGGUUUCUGCCUCAGUUGCUGUUGCUGCUUUUCCGAUUCCCUAAACACAAAUUAAAGAAGAAACAAUUCCGAUGGAGUCGCGUGGUUACUCGUAAUUAACCUCCUGUGGAGAGCAAAACCAGUCUCAACACCUUAUUGUAUAAAACAAAAAAAAAAAAGUUACAAAGAACGCAAAAACUUCAUCCACAGGCAGCAGAUAAACAGGCAAGUGUAAAAAUCUGUUACAACCAGUAACGAGCGAAGAAAAGAAACGAAAAUCAUUCACAAUUGUAAAAACUGGCACAUUAUUAGGAGCCAUGCCGGGCGUCCCCGCGGGUGGCACAGAGCGAAACUAUUUCAAUCUGCUGUGCACCAGAACCGAGCAGUGAUACAGCAGUCAAUAACAAAGGCAGCAGCAGCAGCAAUAGGAGCAGUUGAUACGAACGAAUGCUGGUAAGGACGUAGAUGUACAACUAUUUUUCUAGCGUGAAGCUCCAAGCUGUUCGGCGAAAAGUUUAAGCUGAUACAACAGAUUAUUGUAUUCGUGUCCCCACCACCACCUAGUCUAGUAAGACGUAACGUACCCCCCUCUCUCACCAGUGAGAGCUAGGUAAUAGGAGAAAUAAAUAUUUCCUAACGAUGGAAGCGCUCGAACUGAACGCAAGUGAGCGGUACGGUUGUAGGAAUGAAGUUGUGCGACUCGAUUGUGAGAGUUGUUUGUUGCAAGUAAAUGGUUUGACUUGAAAAGGUGGAAGGAUAUUGUAGAGCGAUGAAGAAAAAGAGAGAGAGAGAGAGGAAAAAAGGAUGCAUUAAAAAGGAAGUUGAUUGAGUAUUUGUAGUUUUGCAAAGUUUAAAACGGAAUAGAAUAGCUAAGGUUUAUAGGUAACUCAAGAAGAAGUGAUCUUAUUCGUGAACACCGCCGUAGGUUUUCCGAUGAUUUCAAGCCAUCGUUGUAGGAGUCGAACAAACAAUAAAUGCUAUUGAGAAAACAAAAUGAUAUUUAGUCUAUUGUAUAGUUGAUACGCAGCGGAAACAGUUUUUGAAUUCUCAUUGGAAAUCUUAUAUAAAUGGACUAGCAAACUAUUUUGACAACUA